AUGGCGCCCAACCUGCCCAUCAAGUUUACGGAGCUGCUCCAGUUGACGAGCGUUAAUGUUGAGCAAGCAUCAAUUGGAUUCAACUCAUGUACACUCGAAUCUGACCAGUUCAUUUGUAUCCGCGAAAAGAAGAACGAAGGCGCCUCCCCAGAAGUCAUAAUCGUCGAUCUCAAAAACAAUAAUAAUGUCAUUCGCAGACCGAUCAAGGCGGAUAGUGCCAUCAUGCACUGGUCCAAACAGGUCAUUGCGUUGAAGGCACAAUCUCGUACACUCCAGAUCUUCGAUUUAGGCGUAAAAGCAAAAUUGAAGUCGGCUACAAUGAAUGAGGAUGUGGUCUUUUGGAAGUGGUUUUCGGAAACAAGCUUAGGCUUGAUCACUGAUACGGCCGUCUAUCACUGGGAUGUGUUCGACCCAAAUCAACCCUCUCCUGUAGAAGUGUUCAAGAGGAAUCAAAAUCUCUCUGGAUGCCAAAUUAUAAACUAUCGUGUCAGCGAUGAUGGAAAGUGGAUGGUGGUCGUUGGUAUUACGCAACAGCAAGGACGAGUUGUUGGUGCAAUGCAACUCUAUUCGAGGGACCGGGGCAUUAGUCAAGCUAUCGAGGGACAUGCUGCUGCGUUCGGCACACUACGACUCGAAGGAGCACCCGCUGAUACAAAGGUUUUCACAUUUGCCGUCCGCACUGCCACUGGCGCAAAGCUGCACGUUGUCGAAGUCGAUCAUCAAGCUACGAACCCAGUCUUCUCAAAGAAAGCAGUCGAUGUUUACUUUCCAGCAGAGGCAGUAAACGACUUCCCCGUGGCUAUGCAAGUUUCACAGAAGUACAGCAUCAUCUACUUAGUGACAAAGUACGGCUUCAUCCACCUUUACGACCUAGAGACUGGAACAUGCAUCUUCAUGAAUCGGAUAUCGAGCGAAACAAUAUUCAUCACUGCGCCAGAUUCUGAAUCUGCGGGUCUUGUCGGAAUCAACCGUAAAGGACAAGUGCUGUCUGUUGCUGUUGACGAAACAACUGUCAUUCCCUACCUUCUUCAAAACCCAGCAAAUUCCGGUCUUGCUGUCAAGCUUGCUUCAAGAGCUGGUUUGCCCGGUGCAGAUAACCUCUAUGCACAACAGUUCGAUCAGCUUGUGAACGCUGGAAACUACUCCGAAGCUGCGAAGAUUGCUGCCAAUUCCCCGCGUGGCUUCCUCCGAACACCUCAAACCAUCGAGCGAUUCAAGGCUUUGCCAGCCGUCCCUGGGCAACUAUCGAUCAUCCUCCAAUACUUUGGCAUGCUUCUCGACAAGGGAACCCUCAAUAAGCACGAGACCCUUGAGCUUGUUAGACCAGUUCUUGCACAACAACGGAAGCACUUGCUCGAGAAGUGGAUGAAGGAAGAGAAGCUGGAUUGUUCAGAAGAGCUGGGUGAUAUUGUUCGACCGCAUGAUCUGAACCUGGCUCUGAGCAUCUAUUUGCGCGCAAACGUUGCUCCAAAGGUUGUGGCAGCUUUUGCUGAGACUGGCCAAUUUGAGAAGAUCCUGCCUUAUGCUGCGCAAGUAGGAUAUCAACCAGACUACGUCGUGUUGCUUCAAAAUAUUGUAAGAGUGAAUCCGGAGAAGGGAUCCGAAUUUGCUACCCAGCUAGCAAACCACGAGGGCGGCCCAUUGGUCGACAUUGAGCGUGUUGUCGAUGUUUUCCAAUCACAAGGCAUGGUUCAGCCUGCUACCGCUUUCCUCCUUGAUGCUCUCAAGGACAACAGACCAGAGCAGGGUCAUUUGCAAACUCGCUUGCUGGAGAUGAAUCUCAUCAACGCUCCCCAGGUUGCAGAUGCUAUUCUUGGUAACGACAUGUUCUCUCAUUACGACAGAACUCGCAUUGCUCAACUUUGCGAGCAAGCCGGUCUUUUCCAGCGAGCAUUGGAGCACUAUGAUGACCCGGAAUCCGUCAAGCGUGUAAUGGUUAACAUUGUUGCGACUCCUAACUUCAGUCAAGAUUGGCUCACCAACUUCUUUGGCCGUCUGUCACUCGAGCAAUCUUUGGAUUGCCUCGAUGCCAUGUUGAAGUCAAACAUCCGCCAGAAUCUUGGCGCUGUUGUGCAAAUUGCGACUAAAUACUCUGAUUUACUCGGCGCCACCAGACUAAUCGACUUGUUCGAAAAAUAUGACAAGACCGGCGAGGGUCUCUUCCAUUACCUUGGGAGCAUUGUCAACCUUAGCGAAGACCAAGAUGUUAACUUCAAGUACAUCGAAGCCGCUACUAAGAUGGGCCAGUUCACAGAAGUGGAGAGGAUCUGCCGAGACAGCAAUUUCUUCAACCCCGAAAAGGUCAAGAACUUCUUGAAGGAAGCCAAGUUGACCGAACAAUUACCUCUCAUCAUCGUUUGCGACCGAUUCAAUUUCAUCCACGAUUUGGUUCUUUACCUUUACCAAAACCAGCAAUUUAAGUCGAUCGAGGUUUACGUUCAGCGUGUAAACCCAGCACGAACUCCCGCUGUGGUUGGUGGAUUGCUUGACGUUGAUUGUGACGAGUCGAUCAUCAAAAACCUCCUCCAGACAGUCAACCCUGCGUCUGUUCCAAUCGAUGAGCUUGUUUCCGAGGUUGAGUCAAGGAACCGCUUGAAGUUGCUAUUGCCAUUCCUGGAGGCCACUCUUGCAGCAGGCAACCAGCAACAGGCUGUGUUCAACGCUCUCGCCAAGAUCUACAUUGAUUCAAACAAUAAUCCCGAGAAAUUCUUGAAGGACAACGAUCAGUACGAUACAUUGCAGAUCGGGAAGUAUUGCGAGAAGCGUGACCCCAACCUUGCAUAUAUCGCGUAUCGGAAGGGUCAGAACGAUCUCGAGUUGGUCAGCAUCACAAAUGAGAACUCUAUGUUCAAGGCUCAAUCUCGAUACCUGCUUGAGCGGGCGGACCGUGAACUGUGGUCUUUCGUUCUCAGCCCGAACAACAUCCAUCGCCGAUCGGUCAUUGACCAAGUCAUCUCCACGGCUGUCCCAGAAUCUACAGAGCCCGACAAGGUCUCUGUGGCUGUUGCCUCUUUCCUUCAGGCCGAUUUACCUGUAGAGUUGAUCGAGCUUCUCGAAAAGAUUGUCCUUGAGCCAUCCCCAUUCAGUGAUAAUGAGAGUCUUCAGAACCUUCUUAUCCUCACUGCUACAAAGGCCGAUAAGGCACGUGUUAUGGACUAUAUCCACAGACUCGAUGCUUAUAACGCGCCCGAUGUUGCUCAAAUCUGUAUUGAUGUCGGUCUUUCUGAAGAAGCUUUCGAGGUCUUCAAGAAAAUCGACGACCACAAGAGCGCAGUCAAUGUCCUUGUUGAGCAUGUUGUCAGCAUAGACCGUGCACAGGAGUACGCUGAGCGAGUCGAGCUUCCGGAGGUCUGGAGCAGAGUUGCUAAGGCUCAACUAGACGGCCUUCGGGUCAGUGAUGGUAUUGCUUCCUACAUCCGCGCCGAGGACCCCAGCAACUAUAACGAGGUUAUUGAAAUUGCCACCCACGCUGGCAAGGACGAGGAUCUCAUCAAGUUCCUUCGGAUGGCCCGGAAGACACUCCGCGAGCCUCCCAUCGAUACUGCUUUGGCUUUUGCCUAUGCUCGCACCGAUCAACUGAGCGAACUGGAAGACUUCUUGAGAGGCACAAAUGUUGCUGACAUUGAGGAGUCCGGUGAUAAGGCUUACGCUGAAGGCUACCACCAAGCUGCAAAGAUCUUCUUCAGCAGCAUCUCCAACUGGGCUAAGCUUGCCACGACCCUUGUACACCUUGGUGAAUACCAGGCAGCCGUCGAGUGUGCACGAAAAGCCAACAACAUCAAGGUCUGGAAGCAAGUCAAUGCCGCUUGUGUUGAAAAGAAGGAAUUCCGCCUCGCUCAAAUCUGUGGUUUGAACUUGAUCGUUGACGCUGAGGAGUUGCAAGACCUGGUCAAGCAAUAUGAGCGCAACGGUUACUUCGAUGAGCUCAUCUCCCUCCUUGAGCAAGGUCUUGGUCUCGAAAGAAACCACAUGGGUAUGUUCACCGAGCUUGGUAUUGCACUGUCGAAAUACCAUCCCGAGCGUGUGAUGGAGCACUUGAAGCUUUUCUGGACUCGUAUAAACAUACCUAAGCAAAUCCGAGCAUGCGAAGAGGCUCAUCUAUGGCCUGAGUUGAUCUUGCUUUACUGCCAUUACGAUGAGUGGGACAAUGCAGCACUCGCUAUGAUGGAACGUUCUGCCGAUGCUUGGGAGCAUCACUCGUUCAAGGACAUUGUUGUGAAAGUUGCGAACUUGGAAAUCUACUACCGUGCCCUCAACUUCUACCUGGAACAACAGCCAUCACUCAUUACCGACCUUCUCCAGGCGUUGACACCCAGAAUCGACGUCAAUCGAGUUGUUAAGAUGUUUGAGAAGUCGGAUAACAUCCCUCUGAUCAAGCCCUUCCUUCUCAAUGUUCAAACUCAGAACAAGAAGACGGUUAACAGUGCUAUCAACGAUCUGUUGAUCGAAGAAGAGGAUUACAAGACUCUGCGUGACUCGGUGGAGAACUACGAUAACUAUGAUCCAGUGGAGCUUGCUCAGCGAUUGGAGCGCCACGACUUAGUCUUCUUCCGCCAGAUCGCUGCCAACAUCUACCGCAAGAACAAGCGCUGGGAGAAAUCCAUUGCUCUUUCAAAGCAGGACAAGCUGUUCAAGGAUGCAAUCGAAACCGCAGCAAUGUCGGGCAAGUCAGAGGUUGUUGAGGAACUGCUUAGAUACUUUGUUGAUAUCGGCAGCCGCGAAUGCUAUGUUGGAAUGUUAUAUGCUUGCUACGAUCUCAUCCCUCUCCACUUGGUCAUGGAGAUCUCAUGGCGCCACGGUCUGACUGAUUUCACCAUGCCAUUCAUGAUCAACUACCUCGCCCAGCAGGGGUCUACGAUCGAAAUGUUGAAGAAGGAUAAUGAGGAACGCAAAUCGCGGGAGAAGUCGCAGGAGAAGGAGGAGAACAGUACUCCCAUUCUUGGCGGAAACCGACUCAUGAUUACUUCGGGACCUGGCGGACGCACAUCUCCAGCUCAGUUUGGACAGACCAAUGGAUUUGCGCCUCAGCCAACGGGGUAUUCGGGUGGUUUCUGA